CCUAUGUAGCACACACUUUCUCAAGGAAACCGUGCGUUAGUACAAGACAAAAAAAUAUCAACAUUUUGUACGCUGAUAUUAAGUUUUAAUUAUAAAACCAUUUACAAACGUUUCAGUUUUUAAAGUGAAAUACAAAUAGAUAUGUAUAGAAUAUAAAAUACUUUACUUCUUGUGAAUGGUUGAAAGUGUAUAACGCUGAAUUAUCAGUAAAAGUGCGACGCAACACUACAUCUCGCUGCAAUUAUGAUGGAACUAAACGCGAAUACCUACGAUGUUGACCUGGAAGAUGGAGAGCUAUCUGCUAGUUCUGAUGACGUUUAUACACCAUUGCAACGCCCAAGUACGUUGUCAAUCAACACUUCGGUUGCAAUCGAUGGGACGGCUACAAUUGCCGAACAGUGUAGUCCUUUGACCACAUGUCAUGAUAUGCAACGCGCUUUAGAAGAGGACGAUUUAGAGGAUAUACCUGGUAGCAGUGGUGACUCGUCGUCAUCUGAAUCCUCUGAUGCUUGUCUAAAGAAAUUAUCAACGAAGCCGUCAAAUGAUGGAUCAAGUGAUGCGCAUGCACAACGUAAGCGUCGAAAACGUGUACGACGUACUGUAAUGGUACGUGUACCACCAGCUGACGUGGAGACACAAGAAAAGCGUGCAAGAUUCAAAAAGUACAAUAUAUGGACAGCUGCAUUACAAGAAGAAGCGUUAACCGAAGAGAUGCGUGGCUGUGAAGUUGCACGCUUAGAUGGUGCAAUCAAUGAUAGAAACGUAGAAAAUUAUGACUUUUCCGUGCUUCAACGAUUAAAUGGAGAUAAUUGUCUUAAACGACGACUUUCUAAUUCCACAGAUGACUUCUCCGAUAAUGAGUUAAUGCCGGUAGCUAAAAGGGGACGCUGUGCAAGCGAAGCAGCAGCCCAUCGACGUUCGGUAAAAAGCCGUCUAGGUUAUCGAACAGGUACUCUACGAGGAAGGCGUGGCUCAUCUCCUACUAGCGACUCAGAUACAUUAUAUGAACCACGAAUUAUACUUGAUUUGGAGCCAUUGGAGGGACGUGAUCCAGCGGAUGUUGCACGUGAAAUGUCAAACAAAUUGCAAGAAGAAAAGGAUGAAUUAUUGGUGCGUAUUGUCGACGUGUUGGGAACAAAGUUGCCAGUGGAAAUUUAUAAGGAAACACAACUGAUUGAAUUUAAUGGUGGUAUGAUGAUAAUGAAUGGCAAACGUCGUCGCACACCAGGUGGUGUAUUUCUAUAUCUACUAAAAAAUCAUAAAAGUCUUACUUUAGAGGAGCAUAAGUCUAUAUUUUCUGAGGAUCGUCAACGCACUAAUAAAUGGCGUAAAGAGAUGGAAGCGCUUUCGCGUGACCGCAAGGUGGAAGAGUUAAAAAAACGUUUAAGUGAACAAGAGAAAGACUUGCCGGCACUUAGCACCCGCAAAGAACAUUUCUUACUUGGCUCAGAUUUAGAAAAUCAGCCAGGAAAUAUUUCGAAUCCACCACCUUCACCAGUGGGAAACGAACAAAGUCCAGAUUAUAAAGCGCAUGCCAUCAAUCAUGUACCAUCGGAUGCGGACAACGAUGCCUCUCAGGAAAAGCCAUCAACUUCAGCUUCGGCAUUAGCGGCCUUAACAUCUCCAUCAAAAGAUUUAGUCAGUUAUGAGGAUGAUUUCCUUGACGUUAAUUGCGGUGAAAUGGAUUUAUUUUAAACAAAAUAACGAUAUUCGGCAAAAAAAUCGCCUGAAGAAAUGUAUAUGACAUGUCAUGUCAUGAAAAGAGGUAAAACUAGCUACAAUAACAAAAUCAACGCAAAUAUAUAAAUAUAUAUAUAUAUAUAACUUUUAUACAUACAAACUGAAUAUACAUUAAGUAUAUAAAGAUUUAUAUCGAAAAUUGAAGAUUGCUGAAAAACUGCAUAAUUUUAUGUUUAUAAAAAAUAAUUUUUUUGUUUCAAAUCGGUAGAGUACGAACUUAAUAUAAAUAAAAAAAAAUCGGGUAACUAAUUAAUAUACAUAUGUAAAGACAAAUAUUCAAGAGUAAAACGAUUCACUUGCGAGUAUCUUCAAUUAUGGAUACGCAAAGUUUGUAAAUACGAAAACUAGUGAAAUAGUUACAAGUAUAUAAAUACUAUAACGCUGAACGUUGGUUUUAUAUACAAUGAGUUGGUUAGAGAACGAAAAAACCAUGCAAAAUAGUGAGUUGAUUAAUAGACAAACGAUUAUGUACAUACAUAUAUAUGCACAUAUUUAAAAUAUAUAUAUUUGAGGACAAACGUAAAUUGCGGAAUCGAAUGUUAUAGAAAGGCGUUUCUUGUCGUACAAACGGCAUUCGUAAUUUAUUCACAUUAGACUAAAAAUAGAUUUAAGAAUAAAUAUAACGCAUUUCGGUACAUACAAGUAAAUAUACAUAUGUAUAUACAUACAUACAUAGAA